GGAUAUGAAAAGCCCAUCCUAAGUGCCACGGAUUGCCUUCCACCAAGACUAUCAGGCCCCAGAGUGUGAACAUGAAGUCCAAUCCUGCUAUCCAAGCUGCCAUCGACCUCACAGCAGGCGCUGCAGGGGGUACCGCAUGUGUCCUGACUGGGCAGCCAUUUGAUACAAUGAAGGUGAAGAUGCAGACCUUCCCCACCCUGUACAAAGGCUUAACUGACUGUUGCCUGAAGACCUACUCCCAGGUGGGCUUCCGGGGUUUCUACAAGGGCACCAGCCCUGCGCUGAUUGCCAACAUCGCCGAGAACUCCGUCCUCUUCAUGUGCUACGGCUUCUGCCAACAGGUGGUGAGGAACGUGAUUGGGUUGGACAAGCAGGCAAAACUCAGUGACCUUCAGAAUGCGGCUGCCGGAUCCUUCGCCUCUGCAUUUGCUGCACUGGUGCUCUGCCCUACGGAGCUGGUGAAGUGUCGGCUGCAGACCAUGUAUGAGAUGGAGACAUCAGGAAAGAUAGCAGCGAGCCAGAAUACAGUUUGGUCUGUUGUGAAGAGUAUCCUUAGGAAGGAUGGCCCGUUGGGCUUCUACCAUGGACUCUCAAGCACUUUACUUCGAGAAGUACCGGGCUAUUUUUUCUUCUUCGGCGGCUAUGAACUGAGUCGGUCGUUUUUUGCAUCUGGGAGGUCAAAAGAUGAACUAGGCCCUGUCCCUUUGAUGUUAAGUGGUGGAGUGGGUGGAAUUUGCCUCUGGCUGGCUGUAUACCCAGUGGACUGUAUCAAAUCUAGAAUUCAGGUUCUUUCCAUGUCUGGAAAACAGGCGGGCUUUAUUGGAACUUUUGUAAGUGUACUGAAAAAUGAAGGAAUAACAGCCUUGUAUUCUGGACUGAAACCUACUAUGAUUCGUGCGUUCCCUGCCAAUGGGGCACUGUUUUUGGCCUACGAAUACAGCAGGAAGUUGAUGAUGAGCCAGUUUGAAGCUCACUGAGGUUCAACUUGGGAACUGGACCCAAGUACACAUGUUUGAGAGAAUACAGUUCAUCUCAGGGUUUCACAGAGUACAAGAACUAUGUGGAAUUAUUUUUCAUGAGAAUUUCGUGUUUUUGUUUUCCCUUCUUUUACCCUAAAUCUUAAACUUUAUGGAAGGACGUC